GAAUCCAUCGCCUCAACGUCUCAUCGACUUGUUCGACGUGUCGCCCUAAACUAUCACGCCGUUGGUCUCGUAACCUAAGUGUUUCGGGAGUCGCACAAAUCUCAAUGACCUCAAUUUUAUAAUUCCGGUCGAGUUUUUUUUCAGGAGUGGAACCACGUCCGUUGCCAACCGCAGCGCGACAUGGCCGCCUCCUUGUCCCUCACAGAGGCACAAGCCGAGCUCAUCAGCUCCUUGCCGCAAGACGAUAUCCCCGCGAAGCUCCGAUGCGCCAUCUGCAGCAAGCUCGCCGUCAACGCCUUCCGUUUGCCGUGCUGCGAGCAGGCGAUCUGCGAAAGCUGCCAGUUGGCUCUGCCCGCGUCGUGCCCCGUCUGCGAACAUUCGCCCCUGUCGGCCGACGACUGCAAGCCGCACAAGGCGCUGCGCACGACGAUCAAGGUGUUCUUGCGAACCGAGGAGAAGAAGCGGGAGUCGAACAGACCUAAGGAUGUAGCCACCACGCCGAUUACUCCCGUUGAUCCGAGCCCAAUUUCCGCCACGGCGCCAGCAACUUUCGAGCGACCGCCAGUUGGAGAAGGGGUUGGAACUACCCAGGAGCAGCAGGCUCCGAUGGCAGAACAGGGUGUUGAGGAGGGGGCUCCUGCGGGGGACCAAGAAAGCGGAGAGCCCGGUGCUGAGGAGGCCCAACAGAAGACAACGGAAAAUACUUCCGAUGAUACCGAGCAAGCAUUACACAAUGCAGAAGAAGGCGAAGGCGACGCCGCAACCUCGACCGACUUGGUCCCAGCGCAACAGGGCACCGAACUGGUUGAGGGCGACGAUGCUGAAGCGGCACAAGAAGGGGACGAGAACGGUCACGUCAACAAACCGGACCCCGACGGCUCUGGCGUAGCCCAAGCCGAAGGCAUGAGCGGCGCAUUCCCCCCGGCCGGCUUCACCCCUGGAUUCGACCAGAUGCCAAUGAUGAUGGCCAUGCAAAACGGGUUUGGCAACUUUCCGAUGAUGGGCAUACCAGGCAUGCCAGGCAUGAACAUGGACCCGAUGACGAUGCAGAUGUACAUGAAUGGAGGUUUUCAAGGCAUGGGCAUGAACGGCAUGAACAUGAAUAUGGGCAUGGGAGGCUACGGAGGCGAAGCCGAUAACUGGAACGGACAGCAAUCAUGGAAUGUCGGCCAAGAUAAUUUCAAUCAUCCAAGCGCUUCUGGCAUGGGCAAUGGUGAUUAUGGCUCGUUUAACUCUGGCUUCCAGACAGGAUUCAAUCAAGGUAAUUAUGGCCACCAGAACCAGUUCAAUGACUAUCGCCGGAAUCAGUACGGAUUCCGCGGUAGGGGUCGAGGCCGUGGUUACGGGUACGGGUACGGCCGUGGGGGCUACCAGCAGCAGCAAGGAUACGGCACAGGCGGCAACUGGAAUGACCAAAGCUACGAUGCGCAGCAACAGUAUCAGAGCGGCCAGAGCGAUUACCAAGCCGGCGGUGCAACCGGAGACCAAGCGAGCGGCGAGGCAAACCCAGAUGCCAACGUCGACGAGUUCGGACGUUCCCGCCGCGAUGAAGAGGGCCAGCAGGAAGGAGGCGUCGAGCAAGUCCCGGGAGAAGGGGAAGGCGCCCCGCAAAACGCGGUCCAGGAGCCAAGCGAGGGCGGAGAAGGCGGAGAGGGUAUGCCUUCGCAGGGAAACCCUGAUGUGCCCAUAAACGCACCCAAGGGUCCUAAAGCCAUGAUGCAGGGUCUACCUAACACGAGCUAUAAACAUCUCCAAGCUAGAGGCUGGGUUGAUGAUAACAAGCCGCCGACCCCCACCAGUGCCGCUGGGACCGGGUUCGACCGCGGCCGGUCGCGGAGUAAUUCUCUCCACAGCUCCCGCCACGGUAGAUACGACCGCUACCAGGACAGAAGCCGGGAGCGCGAUUACAGUGGUCGUGACCGUCACCGGGACCGUGCCAGGGACAAGGACCGGGAACGCUCUGCCAGCAAGAGCCGCAGCCGCAGCCACAGCCACGAUCGCAAGGAGCACCGGCGCAGCAGGCGGCAGCGGUCAUACUCGCGGGCGGACGGCGAGGAGGGUGAGAGCGGUGACGAGCGCCGCCAUCACCGGUCGUCGCACCGCAGAAAGCACUCGACGUACGGAAAUGACGAGCGCGAGUCCAAGUCCCGCCGCGGUGAGCAGCAAGAGGACGAACGGUCCAGGUCCGCUUCCCCGCCCGCCGACGAUUCACAGCGGCGGAGCCACCGCAGCAGCCGCAAGGACCGCGACUCGGAGAAGCGCCGGGACCGGGACAGGGACAAGGACAAGGACCGCGACGAGCACCGUCGCAAGUCGCACCGCUCGCACCGCGAUAGGGACCAUGACCGGGAUCGGGAUAGAGACCGAGACCGGGAGAAGGACCGCGACAGGACGCGCGACCGCGAUAGGGACCGUGACCGUGACCGGGAUCGGGACCGUGACAGGGACCGUGACAGAGACCGCAAAGACCGCCACCGCCACCGAGACCGCGAUCGUGACCAUGACCGUGACCGCGACAGAGACAGAGACAGGGAAAGCCGCCGCGACCGCGACAAAGACCGCGACCGCCACCACCGCAGCAGCAAAACCACCUCUGCCGCCGCCGACGCCACAACCGACGCCCCCGAACACAACACCAACACCAACAACACAACCACGACCGCAACCACAGCAGAAAUCAACCCCCCUCCCCACCCCCGCUCCACCGGCCCACGUGCCCUAGGCCUCGAAAUCAGAGGCGCCGCCGCCGCCGCCACCACUUCAUCAUCCACACCCGCCGAUCACAGCCGCCGCUCCUCCGCCGCCACACCCACCCCCACGUCCGCCGCCACAACCACGGACCCGCACGCCGCGGAGCGCGCGGCGCGCGACAGGGAGAGGCUACUGCGCGAGACGCGGCGCAUGGCCAGCUUUGCUGGUCUCGCCGGCGGUGGUGGUGGUGGUGGUGGUGGUGGAGGGGGUGCGGGGACGAAGAGGGGUAGGGAGGGUAGGGAUGGUGCGGGCGGGGAGGAGGAGGGUGGGGCGAGGAAGAGUAGUCGGAGGAAGGGGGGUGGGAGGGGGGUUAGGGGGGAGGUGGCCGUUGGGGGGGAUGGGGGUGAAGGGGGGGGUGGUGGUGGUGAGGGGGAGGAGGAGAGGAUGAGGCGGUUGGAGGAGGAGAGGGAGAGGGCGAGGUAUGAAUGA